CCGCGGCCGCCGGAGCGGGAGGUGGAGCCGGGCCCGCGGCGGCCGCGCAGGAGGGAAACUUCAGCGGCGGCGGGAGCGCCGGGAGCCGGGGCGGGAGCCAGGGGGCGCCUUGGUGGUGGCGCUGAACGCGAUCCUUUCGGAGGAGAGCAGCACUUUCCCUCCUGGCCCCAACCUGGAAGCCCGGGUGUGACUUCAGCGCUGUCGGAGCAUCAGAAGCAGAGCAGCAAGUUAGGCAGCAGCACGUUGGCGACUGCGCACGUUUCUUUCUUGCGAGGGGCCUUUCCAUUUCAAGGAGAGAAGCCAAGGUAAUUUUCACCCAGAGGAAGAAUGAUGUAGCUUCAUUGUAACCUUUCCUUACACUUCCAGGUCCCCUCUUGCGUCAGCCGCACACCCGGAAGGCUAUGAUGGGAAUGAAGGUGAGAACUUGGAGGUGUCACUUAUCUCAUUGCUUCUGCCUGCGAGAUCCUCCUUUGGAAGCACGGAAGCCCUUGCGUGUGGUGGUUGAUGCCAAGGGGCAGGUCGCGUUCUAGAAGGCAAUGGACGCAAGCAGCUCCGGGGGCCCCAACCGCACGCGUCCUGUGGUCUAGCGCAGGGAAGGAUGUCGCCGGUGCUGGACGCGUGGCCGAUGCCUGAAUGAGGAUGCUCCGCCGGGGGCUGCUCGCGUGGGUCUCCCGGGUGGUGGUUUUGCUGGUGCUGCUCUGCUGCGCCGUCUCCGUGCUCUACAUGUUGGCCUGCACUCCGAGGGGCGACGAGGAGCAGCUGGCGCUGCCCAGGGCCAACGGCCCCACGGGGAAGGCCGGGUACCAGGCCGUCCUGCAGGAGUGGGAGGAGCAGCACCGCAACUACGUGAGCAGCCUGAAGCGCCAGAUCGCGCAGCUCAAGGUGGAGCUGCAGGAGAGGAGCGAGCAGCUCAGGAAUGGGCAGGACCAAGCCAGCGACCCCGCGGGCCCGGGGCUGGACAGGGCGCCCCCGGAGAAAACCCAGGCGGACCUCCUGGCCUUCCUGCACUCGCAGGUGGACAAGGCGGAGGUGCACGCGGGUGUCAAGCUGGCCACUGAGUAUGCGGCAGUGCCUUUCGACAGCUUCACCCUGCAGAAAGUGUACCAGCUGGAGACCGGCCUGACCCGCCACCCCGAGGAGAAGCCGGUGAGGAAGGACAAACGCGACGAGUUGGUGGAAGCCAUUGAAUCGGCCUUGGAGACCCUGAACAGCCCGGCGGAGGGCAGCCCCAACCAGCGCCCUUACACGGCCUCGGAUUUCAUAGAAGGGAUCUACCGAACAGAAAGGGAUAAAGGCACUCUGUACGAGCUCACCUUCAAAGGGGACCACAAACACGAAUUCAAACGACUUGUCUUGUUUCGACCGUUUGGCCCUAUCAUGAAAGUGAAAAAAGAAAAACUCAACAUGGCCAACACGCUUAUCAACGUGAUCGUGCCACUAGCAAAAAGGGUGGACAAGUUCCGGCAGUUCAUGCAGAAUUUCAGGGAGAUGUGCAUCCAACAGGAUGGGAGAGUUCAUCUCACCGUUGUUUACUUUGGGAAAGAAGAAAUGAACGAAGUCAAAGGAAUACUUGAAAACACUUCCAAAGCUGCCAACUUCAGGAACUUCACCUUCAUCCAACUGAACGGAGAAUUUUCUCGGGGAAAGGGACUUGAUGUCGGCGCCCGCUUCUGGAAGGGAAGCAACGUCCUUCUCUUCUUCUGUGACGUUGACAUCUACUUCACCUCUGAGUUCCUCAACACGUGCAGGCUGAAUACACAGCCAGGGAAGAAGGUGUUUUAUCCAGUCCUUUUCAGUCAGUACAACCCGGGCAUCAUAUACGGCCAUCACGAGGCAGUGCCUCCCUUAGAACAGCAGCUGGUCAUAAAGAAAGAAACUGGAUUUUGGAGAGACUUUGGAUUCGGGAUGACAUGUCAGUAUCGGUCGGACUUCAUCAACAUAGGUGGGUUCGACUUGGACAUCAAAGGCUGGGGCGGAGAGGACGUGCACCUUUACCGAAAGUAUCUGCACAGCAACCUCAUAGUGGUGCGGACGCCCGUGCGGGGCCUCUUCCACCUGUGGCACGAGAAGCGCUGUCUGGACGAGCUGACCCCUGAGCAGUACAAGAUGUGCAUGCAGUCCAAGGCCAUGAACGAGGCGUCCCACGGGCAGCUGGGCAUGCUGGUCUUCAGGCACGAGAUAGAGGCUCACCUCCGCAAGCAGAAACAGAAGCCAGGCAGCAAGAAGACAUGAACUCCCAGGGAUGGAUUUGGGGAGACAUUGAAACUUUUUUUUCCCUUUUGCAAUUACCGGAAUAAGUGGCUGCAACAAGGAAAAGACUUCCAAAAAGGGCGAGAAAAAGAAAUUUGAUUAGUUAAAAGACCGAGAGGAGAGAGCCUCCGAUUUCUCUCUGGUUGGCUUUUAUGCAACAGAAAUCAAAAUCUCCAUUCUUGCCUGCAGACGUAGCCCAGUUGCACCCGUGAAGUGUCUGACAAAGGCAGAAUGCUUGUGAGAUUAUAAGCCUGAUGGUGUGGAGGCUUUGAUUGUGUUUACAACAAAAUGAGAGCUCUUGUUUUCUGUGCUCAUUGAAAUGCUCAUGAAUUAAGACCAGUUUUGUACAAAGUUCAUUAGAAUGAAAGGCAAGCACGUUGCUCCUCUUACAAAUGGUCAUCUCAGUGGGGCUCUAGUUUCUAGAAAUGCGAAAAUAUCAGAGGGCAGAAGAGGAGACACGACUUGUCACAGUCCUCGUGAGCAUAUUAAACAACAUCAAAUGGACCAGAAAAGAAAUCCUAAAUAUUGUGUCAUUUUUUCCCAAGAUCAAUGAAAAAUAAUCUCAUCUUUUUGGUGGUGGUUUUAACCAUCUCCAGUUUGUUUAUUUUAUUUAAAAACGCACUUUUUUGUUUUUGGCUUGUGAGUUAUAUUCUGCUUAAGUAAUUACUAAUCUGCAAGCCUUACAAGAGAGCACAAGUUAGCAUACAUUUUUAUAUUUUUUAAGAAGAUAUUUUAGAUGCAUUAUGAAGACUUUCAGUUCAGAGCAUCAGGUUGAUACCAUAUCCAAGGACGUGCCAAAUGCUGAUCCUGUCGGGCACUGAAUGCAGACCUGGUGACACGUGGAAGGCAUGGUUUGCAACUAUGGGUUGACACACAUGGAUACUGUAUCUGAAGACUGUUUAUGAAGAAGGGGCAACUGAGCGCUGGAGGAAAAGAAAAAGACCCUUUUCACUUUACCAGAAAAGGAAACUCGUUUUAGACCGGUGAUAUCGUGAUGUAUUUAAAAGUCAGAAAAUACAUUUCCUCCUUAGAAAAUGGGGACCACUUUCUUACCUGUUCAAAUAAACCAAAGUAUAGACUGUGUGAACCAAACAAUCUCUUUUCAAAGCAGGGUGCUCUUCCUGGCUUCUGGCUUCCAUAAGAAGAAACACAGAAAAAUUUGUUUUAUGAAAGAUCAAUUCUUCUGCCAGAGUCUAGUGGGAUGGAAGAUUUUGCUACAUGUUCAUCCACCCCGGGCUAGGUGGAAGUAACUGAAUUAUUUUUUAAAUUAAGCAGUUCUUCUACUCAAUCACCAAGAUGCUUCUGAUAAUUGCAUUUUAUUACAGUUUCAAAGUAUUUUUUAAAAAUACAGUUAACACGGAGCAGUUUCUACAUUCAUGUGAAAAUUAUUUAUUUAUUAGCCAGCACCAGAUGCAUGAGCUAAUUAUCUCUCUGAUUCCUUGCCUUCUGUUUGCCCACAGUAAACUCAUUGUUUAAAAGCUUCAAGAACAUUCAAGCUGCUGGUGUAUUAAAAAAUGCAUUGUAUUGAUUUGUACUGGUAGUUCAUAAAACUUAAUUAAAACACAGGCCCUGAAUGGAAGGUGGUAUUGCACAGCUAAUAAAAUAUGAUUUGUGGAUAUGA